AUGAGAAGCCGACCCGCAGCGAUGAUGCACCGCAUGGCUUUGUGGGAUUCCUACGGUUUAGCGAGAUAUUCGGCUAUGUUCUGCACUUCAGCGCCUGCAACCACCGCACCAACGAGCACGUCACGCUCCAGCUCGAGAGCGUCAUCCCCCGUGUGUUGGACUACCCCGAGGUGACUGACGGCCAGACGCACACCAAGGGCCCCCUUUAUUUUUUGUGGGUAUUCAUCGACAUCCUCACCAUCAUCUGGCGCGUCUGCCCGAAGUAAGACCUGCACAGAUGCAUGUUGUUUUUUUCCCAGGCCACCACAAUGACGGUGUGACACUGUAUGUCCCUCAGGGAAAGGCCCCAUUGCAAGCGCAGCUAUUGAUGCGGCACAGAGCAGUGGCAUCAUCCUCGUAGACGAGAUCGACAAGAUCUGCAAUAAUCAGGUGCGUGUCGGUCAGCGUUUUCCAGGCGUGUCUCUCCACUUCAUGGCCACUCAUCUGUUGCGCAGGCCGGCCAGGCACUCCAGCAUGCGCUGCUACCCCUGUUGGAUGGCACAGACAUCAAGACGAGCCUCGGUGAGGCGGAGGACGCAUUGAUUUGACAUCUCAUUUGUGUGUCCAUUCAGGUACCGAGGUGGCGUCAGUGCUCAAAACACGGCAGAGGUUGCGGAGCGCCACUACCUCUACACGACCGGGAAUGGUACAGAACCGCUCAAUUUGAUGCGAGGAACCCAAUGAUUAUUCACAACAGGUUAUUAAUGGGUUUGUUUGACUGUGUGUGCACAUUCACUGGAAAGUCCGUCCACUGGAGAGGCGGAGACUGAUCGGAGAAUUCUGUCAAAUCAGUUGGUUGGCCUUUCUUGCGUGCAGUUCAGAAAGGCAUCUGCGGAUGGGAAUUUGGUGGAGGCCUUCAAACAGUACAACAAGAUGAAAGAUGACUUCGUGAGUGAGGGAGGGCAUAGGUGGCGGGCAAUGGUGCGACAGGAGAUGGCUCUCUUGCCUGUCUGUCUGUCUGUCUGUCUGCAGGCGGCCCUCGUCGCUCUAAGAGAGACUGAAGAGGCGGAGCAUUGCUAG